CUUCCAUUCAAGGCAAUCAGAAAUGGCGUCGGUUGAAAUGUGCCGAAGAAAUGUGCAUUCGAAGUCGAACUGUGGCACCUAAAUUGAGCUCGGAAAGGCUGACAUGCUACGAAGCAGAAGGAAAUUUGAGGUAGGUAAGAUUUUUUUUAGCCAAAAAAAAAAAAUACUGUGGUAUUCUCUGAUGAUUGGGCUUCAAACAUAUCGAAGCAGAAUUCAAGUGCACGGCGGUUUAGUUCAAGUGCACGCCGGUUGAAGUGUGACCCGUAGUAUUGCCCUUUACCGUCAUUGCUUGUUAAAGAGUACUAGCGUCUGCUAUUCUAAAGGUUCUAUUUUGCUCUUCUUUUCGGAUGGUGGAUAGUCGUGUUAUAUUCGUUUUACACCUUGGUCUUUCCUUUCUAUACAUGCAGACGAAGAAUUACAAGUCGGCUGUUUAGAAAGAAUGGCGUCGUUUGAAUGUGGCGAAGAAAGCGUCUUUCCAAGUUAUUGGUUGUACAUGUAUCUUGAUGACAUGCUGUGACACGAAUGAAAAUUGGAGGUUAGCUAAGAUGCUUUUGUGACCAGGGUUACAGACAUGACAUUGCAAUAAGGCUUUAGACUUAUUUAUUGUACAGUCAUAAUUAUUUAGAAUUAAGAUACAUACAUAAUCUUUCAUACAAGCAUUUUCCUUUAAGUCACACUACCACUCCCUGCAUCAAAAUCACAAGAAUUUUAUUUCCUGUAUUGAUAAAUUAAUUCCUUACAAAAGAAGUGCAGUAAGAAGCACUCUAAACUACUUUGUGGCUACAAGCCUGUUUUGUUAUUUAAAUAAAAACUCUAAAACCUGCCUCAGCAGGGGCAGAUCCAGGAUUUUUCUUAGGAGGGGGUGCACCACUAUAAACUGACUGAUGACGUAAAACAUUUUAAAAGCGAAUACGAAGAAGAGGGCUUUUGACUAGGAAAUAACAUAAUAUGAACUGCUGAGAAUACAUAUCAAACGAUACAGCAGAUUUUGUAUGUCUGUGAAGCGACUGCACAGUGUUAAUUAGAAAGCGGCCGCAGGUCAUCCCGGGGGGGGGGGUGCGCACCCCCUGCACCCUCCCCCUGGAUCCGCCCCUGCUCAGUCACACUCUUUUUAAAAAGAGAAAAAUGCAGUGGUGUUCUCCAAUACAUUUGCAUGAAAAACAUCAAAACGGAAUUCAAGUGCACCUUGUUUUGUUUUUUAGUGUAACAUCCUGAUAAUUUGCUCUUCGGCAACAUUGGCUCUUCAAGUGUUUUCUGCUGCUUAUCUAUUGACUUUCAAUUGUAAAGCUCUUAUUUUGAUCUCCUUUGCAGCUCAUGGAUGGUCAUUUAUCGUUUUUAAGGACAGCUUGUCGACUGUGUGGAAAAGUCCUUUCAAGGAAGUCUGAUUUCGCAGACAAAAGUUUAUUUAAAAAUGAGUUAUUGAACCAGUUUCAAAUAAACAUUUAGGAAGACUUGGAAGAAAUUCAUCCCAAUAGUAUCUGCGCUGGAUGCAAACGAUCACUUUAUCGAAUUCAUGGCAAUACAGAUGUGCAUGCCAAAGUGUCGACCUCAAAACGACCUUAUUUGUGGACAAGUCACUCUGAAGGAAACUGUCCAUGUUAUAAGAAAGCCAGAGGGCGUCCUCCAAAAAGUGUUGAAGAAAAGGUUGUGACGAAAGAUAACGAAAGUGACACUGAGAGCUGUGAGGAAAUUGAAACAGAAGAAGAGAAGAAUUCUUGCCAAGAAUUCAGUGCACUAAUUGAAAACAUUCCAUUGUUGGACAGAGAGUUGGCCCUUGCAUGUGCCACGGAACUUGCUGACCAGUUUAAUCUCAUUUUUCUGGACAGAGAGAACCUUGAAACAUCCAUUCGUUGUUUGAACAGUCAAGAUAAAAUUAAUCUGACUUCAAAAAUUUUCCAGCUAGAAAAAGAAAAUAUUAAAAAAGAUAUUUCAUCCUGUAGUCAAACCUACAAAAGUCUGCCUGUGCUCUUGAAAGUUACACCUCAUACAUGGGUUCACGCCAGAAAUUCCAUUCUUGCUUCUGCAGUUAAUGCACUUGCAAAUGAAAAAACUCAACCUUUUCAGAAAGCUGUCAGUGUUGAUCAACUUUAUUCCCUAGUGCAGCCAUCUUUCAUUAGCCCCUUGAUGUUUGCAUCAAAUUUACUUGCAUACUCAGUCACUUGUAGCAAGCUUGUCCUAAAUAUCUAUGGGAAGUUGCAUCCUGCUGGUGGUAUCACAACUGCCAGAACGUGGCUGAACAAUUUGACCAUGGAUGUCCCUCAAGUUCCUGGUGGUGAUAUUCUUGCUGCUAUUGACAAUGAUCAAGUACUUAUCAAAAAAUGGACUGUCCGAAAGGAUAACCAAGCACAGAUUAGUGUUCUAACCAGUGUUUGUGUGGCUCCAGUCCAUCCAGAGGGAACUUUGCAGUGGGACCAAAGUCUUUCUCCAGGGUAAGUAAAAGUGUACAUGGUCACUCCAAGUCUGCUACAUGUACUUAUUAUUUCUGUAAUAUUUUGUUUUUUAUUUGCUUUAAUAUUUUACCCUUAAAUGCGGAAAAAGCAGCAAGCUGUAACAGCUGCACUGAUAACUAAGGCAAGGAACUUAAUGAAUGACCUGGGUUGCCACUGGUCAGGAAAUGGUUUGGGAAAAGAAAAAUUCACAAAAUUUACAUGUAACAUGGUCCUUACUCUUUAGGGGAUGCAGUUUUCUGGUAAUAACAGUUUUGUGUUAAAGCUAAGCAAGAGAGAGGGAGUGUACUUUCCACUGAUAUGUACAACUACCUGCAUUAUUUGGAAGUUGUAGAAAUAAAAAUAGUCAUGUAUUUCCUAAAAAUCAGUAAUGAUUGUUCAGGGUGUAAGCUCAAAUGAUAUUCUUUUGUACCAGGAAAUGUCUUGAAAGGUUACAUGUACAAUGUAGCAACUAAUAGUUCUUGUCACAGCAACAUGUUCAAUGUAUACAAUUUAUAUUUGUUUCAGUUCAUGGUCUAAAAGAAGUGAACUUUGGAAGAAAAGUGAAGAGGAUACGGUAAAGCUUUUGGACAUGUGCUCUGCUUCAGAGGACAACAAGGGAUUGAUUCGCCACGAGGUAAAGGCUUUCAGAUGAGCAAACUUAUGUAAGAUACUUUUGAUUCCUACCUUGGAGACGGUUGAUCAUUUUUGCUUUCUGUAUUGGCUAGCAAGCUACCUCAAACACAAAGAAGUUUUUGUUUUAGGUAUCUGUAGAGCAUGUAGCCAGUUUACUGGAAAACAGAUUUUGUGGUCUCAAAUCACAAGAAAUCUACAUUUUAAUGUCUCAUGAGAAGUGUGACUUGGUUUUCUAACAUGCACUGAUUUUGAAGGAAUUUAUUUAUACGCUGUCUAUCAUAAACAAAUGCCUUAACACACAUGUACACACAAUCAGUAGUAAUUUAUUGGUGUUGGAUUUAACUUAACUAAUUAAAAGUAAUUUGAAUUUAAUUUGCUUUUGCAUUACUGUGCUUAGUGUUUCGUUUAAAUACCUUGCUCAUGCCACUUUCUCCACCAACUGCAACACAUUGUAAUAAUUUUUGAUAUUGCUUAAAUAUUGAUAAGACUCUUCUAUUUUCUUAUGACUUCAGAACAAAAAGAUGAUCCAUGAACUUCUUCAUGAUUUGCUAAUGGAGCAAAAUAAAGUCAACGGUGAAUGGAAAGAUGACAUUGACCUGCGUGUAGAUGAAUUAAAAGCGAAUGAAGGAAGACGUGUUUGCCCUGUUUGCCAAACAACAAUGGAACGUGUGUGAAGGAACAAUAGUUCCUACAUCAGAGCAGGGCAGUUGUCAUUUGCACUUUUGUUCCAUAGAAGUAGCUAAUCAAAAUAUGCAUUGAUAGAUCUACACGACAGGUGAGUGGAAUUAAAUUGUUUGAAUUUGAGGCCCAUGUCGAUUCGUUUGGCUUUGCAGCCAAUAUUUAUGGGUCGCACUGCAAAAAUAUAACAUGGAUCUUCAAGGCCACAUGGGUGAAAAGGGGUCUUGAAAUAAACUGUCAAAUGUUGCCCAAAAAUUUUGUAUUGUUAAGUGUGACAAACAAAACCAAAAAAUUUGAGCAUAGCCUUGAAAUCGAAAAAAGGCAUAAGCCAGCCA